AUGGACAUGGAUGAAGACACCGAUCCCGUCGAACCUCCAACCGGGAUGCCUACUCACCCCAUCGAGAUCUUAGAUGGGUCAUCCUUCCAUGGAUCACCUUACCAUGGUCCAGACAGCUACCAGGCGAGAUUUGCCCAAUAUGAUUGGGUAUUUACUCCUUCUUACCACUCCUCGCCUCAUCAGCAGCAGGAUCCCUCCGAGGAUUCUCGUUUUGUGGCGGUCACUCCACCGCCACCACCACAGUUCACGGCGUACAAUCCUUUUAAGCAGCCGGCCCAUACCAACUACAACUAUGCGGAGGUUGACCCAUACCAGGUAGCAUGGGACUACAAUGCUCUCCACCCUGAGGGGCCCUAUGGAGCUCCCUGGGGAGUUGGAUACCCAGCUUAUGGGUACCAACAACCGCCACCUCCUCAACCUCCACAUCAGCAGCCGCCGCAGCCGCAAUUGAUACCACCAGAGCGACAAUAG